CAAAUACAAGCCUACCUUCCGAGUGAAAACGUACCUUGCACACCCCGAGUGGCAACAUCAGAACAACCUCAACACAAACAUCACCAAGACAUCACCGUUCCUCCAUAUACCAUCAAGAUGUGCCACGGACACCCCGCCGGACACUCAUGCGGCCAUACUUCGCUGCACUGGCACUAUUGCCCAGCAGCCAAGAUCGACCUCAAUACGGGAUACCAAGAGCAAUGCAGCAACACGACCAUGGCCAAAGAACAGCCCUCAAACGCCGGUUGUCCCUUGCAGAACUGUGACUUCAAGAACACCAACGGCAACUGGACAUGCUGCCAAUGCGGCUCCCCAAACACAACCGGGUGGUGUGGCGGCAUGCUGCCGAGCCCGCGAUGGGAGAGAAAUGCCCUCACCAACGAGUGGCAGUACAUCCAGACCUGCGAUCACAUGUGCUGCAGGAACUGUCCCAGAGAGGCACCUGCUCCCGGCUCUACUUCCGAAAGCUCCAGAAAGAAGAGAAAGGAUGCCAGCAAGCGCGGUACCAGGGACCCCAGAGAUGGUGUGUCCAUGACCGCAGAGGAGGCCGGACAACCAACAUCUUACGACAUUGCGCUGGACUACAGCGGCAAGGAGAAGAAGCACAACAAGGAUAAGGAGUCGUCGUCAAAGUCGAGGUCCCGGAGGCACUAGCUUGUUGGAGUGUCCCGAGGAAGAAUG